CACGGCUGCUCACAAUGGACAGCACCACAAAGACUCAGUGAUCCCUCACAUCAGCAGAGUCCUGACAGGAGCCACAGCUGACCGUCAGUCUGAGCUUUCAGCAGGACCCUCAGAGCAAGUGCACGUGAGACAAGAGAAGGAAAGAACGGGUGCUUUCUGGAUCCUUUCUGACUGACUUAUUCAGGUUUUCUAACCUUUAAACCAUCACAUUUUCAGUGUCCAAAGAUUUAGCUGCUUCAAAACAAAUUCAGCAAAAUGGAAGAAGAGAUGGACGAGGGGCAGAGCCAAAAAGGAUGCCUCGAAUGCUGCAUCAAAUGCCUGGGUGGGAUCCCGUAUCCGUCCCUCAUCGCCACCAUCCUGCUGUAUGCGGGCGUGGCCCUGUUCUGUGGCUGUGGACACGAAGCCCUGUCGGGGACCGUCACCAUCCUCCAGAACUACUUUGAAGUAGUGAGGAGUCCCGUGGAUGCACUGGAUGUCUUCACCAUGAUUGAUAUAAUCAAGUACGUCAUCUAUGGGAUUGCUUCGGCUUUCUUUGUCUACGGCAUCCUGCUGAUGGUGGAGGGAUUCUUCACCAGUGGAGCCAUUAAAGACCUGUAUGGAGACUUCAAGAUCACCACCUGUGGUCGCUGCGUCAGCGCUUGGUUCAUCAUGCUGACUUACAUCUUCAUGCUGGCCUGGCUCGGAGUGACAGCUUUCACCUCCAUUCCAGUCUUUAUUUAUUUCAACAUCUGGAAUAUUUGCCAAAAUACAACAGUGCUUGGGGGGGCCACGCUCUGCCUGGACCCACGCCAAUAUGGUGAGGACGAGCGUCCAUCAUUUCUGCACCCUCCAGUGUUAGUGCUCUCUGUGGGACUUCUGGAGUCCUGGCCGAGCUGA